CCGCAUUUGUGAAAGGGAGGGUUAUUGGGGAAAACAUUCUCCUAGAUCAUGAGCUAGUGCAUAAGUAUUCUAGGAAGAACAUCUCUACUAGAUCAGCUCUCAAGAUUGACCUUAUGAAAGCAUUUGACUCAGUGAGUUGGCAGUUUCUUUUUGUUGUGCUGGAAGCUAUGGGGGUGCCUAAUCAGUUUAUUAGAUGGAUUAGGAUGUGUGUCACUAGUCCUAUGCUUAGUAUAGCUUUUAAUGGGGGAUUGGUGGGUUAUUUUCCUGCCAAGCAAGGUAUGAGGCAGGGAGAUCCCCUCUCCCCAUAUUUGUUUGCUCUAGCUAUAGAGGUUUUUCCAUGUCUUUUGGAUUUGGAAGCUGAAAAGGGAAGAUUUCCUUACCAUCCCAUGUGCAAGAGAAUUGGAUUGACUCACUUAUGUUUCGAUGAUGACCUCUUGGUCUUUUCUGAUGGGUCCAAUUAUGGUAUUCAGAUGUACAGAGGGUUCUGAGUGUGUUCCAUAAGCUCUCAGGACUUCAGUCCAACCCAAGCAAGUGUGAAAUAUUUUUUGGAGGGUUAGAGAAGGAGGAGAUGGUAGUAAGAGCUAACAUGUAUGGAUAUCAACUAGGGGAGUUCCCAGUGCCCUACCUUGGGGUUCCUCUUGUGGCUGGGAAACUAACAGUAAAUGCCUGCAGACCUUUAAUUGACAGAAUCACAAGUAGGGUGCAGGGAUGGAAGGCUAAAUCUCUGAGCUAUGCAGGUAGAGUGGAACUUGUAGGGUCUAUUUUGUAUAGCAUGUCACAAUACUGGAUGAAUGUCUUUAUGCUCCCCAAGACUGUUAUUCGUGAGGUUGAAAGAAUAUGCAAUAACUUUCUCUGGUCUGUUGGACCUGGCCUUAACCUUAAAGCAAAAAUGGCAUGGAAGUAUAUGUCUAUCCCGAAGAAAGAAGGUGGACUGGGUUUGAGGGAUCUCACUUCCUGGAACUAUGCUUGUGUCUUUAGACAGAUUUGGGCGGUUAUGAUGCAGCAUGGCUCACUGUGGGUUGCUUGGAUUCAGGCAUACAAGUUGAAAGGUAGAGAUUUCUGGGCUGUGACUGUUAGUGGCUCAUGGAACUGGGGGGAAGUUGCUGAAAAUCAGAACAAAGAUCCCUAAUCUGUUUUGCUUGAGAGACAGAUUGCUCUACUGGAAUGAUAAACCAAUGAAGAGAUAUUCUAUAAAGUUGAUCUGGGAAGCUGUUAGGCCAAAGCACAAUGUAGUAAGUUGGUACAAGCUUAUAUGGAAAGGGCCUUCUGUCCCUAGGAACAGGUUUCUUGUCUGGCUUAUUAUUCGCACAAAAUUCAAACUAAGGACAAGAUGAAAAAGUGGGGAUUUGUUGGUUCGGAUCAUUGCUCCCUCUGUGAUCAAGCAGGAGACUUGUUCUCUGUCUGUCCCUACUACUCUACUGUUCAUCAGCUGCUGUUGGGGAAGUUUUGUUCUUUCUUUCCGCAGACUUGGGAGGAAAAUCUAGACUGGGCUAUAAGGAAUUUUGGAGCUAAGUCUAUGUGUGCAAUGAUAGGACGACUGAUUUGGCAGUCCAUGGUGAGUUAUAUUUGGAGAGAACGUUGCAGGAGGGCUUUUGGUGGCAGUAAGAGGUCUCCUGAAGUUCUGGUUUUAACGAUAAAGAGUGAAGUGUGUGUUUUGGUGCAGGAUCUGAAGGAGUUGGAACGGUUCUAGGCUUCUGGUUCUUAGCUUCAUUAAGUCUCUUACCCCUACCUGGGAUAGUUGCUUGCUCUUUGGUUUAGUUGGUUGGUCUGCUAUGUUUGACUCUUACAUAGGAGUAGUGUUUUUGGCUUCUGUUUCUGGUUCCUUUAACAUUUUGAUCCCAUUCCCCUAGCUGGCAAGGGUGUUGCUAGCAACAAUUUUUUGAUGGAAUGAAAGUAUACCGAUUCAUAAAAAAAAUACCCAACUCGUACAAGUUAAAAAAAUUAUAAAAGAUACGUGGUGUCUACACUGCUCAAUAUAUUUGUCUCGGUAUAUCCUACUAGACAAUAAUUCACGAACUAACGCAUAUUUGACUUCUAAAUUUGUUCAUGAUGAAACUCAAAGCUGAAAAAACACUUUAAACACUUGUCGUACAACCAUAAAAUCAAUACAAAUUAAGGGUAGCUUGUAAUUAAAUUAAUUGUUUGGUUUUGAAAAUAAUUAAAGAUAGAGAAUAUGGUUUUGCGAUUACACAGUGUUUAGAAUAUAACAACAAAAAAAUUGUAGUCUAAUGAAAAUUAUAUUUAUUAGUAAUAGUAGUGUCCCGGGUUUGAAUUACCCAAACUACCACUUAUAUUCCUAUAUGCAAUCUACAAACGAGAGUAGUAUAAUCGUUCUUUCAAAUUUCAGGGUGUCCCGGACUAUUAAUUAUAAUUUUUUUUCUAUACGUAAAUUACCACCGGGGUUGGCUAAUCGAACUUCCAAAAUUUAGGGGUGUUCCGAGACACCCCUAAAUGCCCCUGGGUCGGCCCCUGCCAGGAUUUCGAGACCGGUGGCUGAACCUCUUAUUAAAUAAAACGUAUGUAGCUAAGAUGAAUUGAACCCGUGUACUUUAGAACACAAGUCAAGUUUGGCUACCAUUAGACCACAAGAUUAUCACACAAUAGAAUUUACGGAACAAGUUCUACUUAUAAAAUUUGUACUAAAUAUCCUUACAAUUCUAGGGGCCAGGACCAAUUACGGGGGGCCGGGGUCCACCCUAGCUUGAGUGUAGCUCCACCCCUGGUGGUAGGAAUAGCUGAUGUAACUGAGUACUGGAGUAUUAUUAUUAUUUUUUUGUUUAAAUCGAAGGAUCCCAACGUUUACGGUAGAGUCUAGUUUGAUUUUGUGUUUCGUCAAGUUGUCGGGAGAAUCGAAUUCGUGAUUAAAGCACUAUCAGUGGCUAUCAAAAGAUGUUUCUCGUAAGGUUUAUAGGCAUAAUAUGCCCCUCUACUAUGUAGUUUUAUCAAACAUGCCCCUCUACUAUUUUUUACAUCAAACAUGUCCUUAUACUUUGUAAAAAUGAUCAAACAUGCCCUUUUGUUAAAAUUUGCAUCCAAAAACCAUCAAUCAUGGUCGAAGCUUUGUUUGGGCAACACCUAUGUCUAAAAUAUUCCUAAUAAUUUUACUUUAGAAUUGUUCUGCUUCUUUUGUAUAGCCAAAUACCUCUAAUAAUUUCACUUUAACUAGAUCUGGAGAAAUAAAUGAAGAAAAACUGACAUUUCAACCCUAAUUUUUCCGAUGUCAGGUCGUGUGAAUCUCGGUUCAAAUGUGAUUGACCAUUUUUUAAUGGAAAUUUUUACAUAAAGGCAUGUUUGAUAAUUUUUCCAAAGUAUAGGGGCAUGUUUGAUGUAAAAAAUAGUCGAGGGGCAUGUUUGAUAAAAUUGCAUAGUAUAGGGCAUAUUAUACCUAUAACCCUUCUCGUAAUAUACUAGAUUGUGUGGGAAUUGAAGAGGUCCAAACAUAAGUAUUAUAACUAAAGCGGGCCGUAACCGGAACUUGUGAUUUUAAGCCAUCGGAAAAUCUGGAGUUUGAGGACACUUCAUUCGAGCAUCUGGAGCGUGACUUGACAGCUCCGCAUGAGAUCUUGGAGGCAGACAUGUAUAGUGCAUUACCAGCGGCGGAUUCAGGAUUUAGUGGAGUACUAGGCCGCAUUUGAAUAAAAAAUUAGAUACUGUAAACACAAAUAUUUAAUAAUAACUAUGAUUUUUAUUAUAAUGUCAAUUGUACACGACAUUCUUUUAGUUUAGCAAAUUCAUCAAUAACAAAGUUUUCAUCCAUACCAAUAACAUACUCUCUCUCAAAGAAAAUAGUUAAGCAAUCAGCAAGAAACUCAUCGCAUUAUCGCAUAUUUUGUUGCGCAAAUUAGUUCACAUGUUCCAUAAUAAAAAGGUCAUAUAUGUAGUAGCUGUUGAAACAGACAAAAUCAAAACUAUACGAAUCAACCGAUAAUUAACAAAGUUUUCAUCCAUACCAAUAACAUACUCUCUCUCAAAGAAAAUAGUUAAGCAAUCAGCAAGAAACUCAUCGCAUUAUCGCAUAUUUUGUUGCGCAAAUUAGUUCACAUGUUCCAUAAUAAAAAGGUCAUAUAUGUAGUAGCUGUUGAAACGGACAAAAUCAAAACUAUACGAAUCAACCGAUAAUAAGAAAACAAGGUCGUUUUUGCCUUUUAUUUGGUGCUUGAGAAUAUGCUAUUAUAAAGUAUCUUCAAAUAUGCAUAAUCAAAUAUCACAACAAUUAUAUACUUUCAAGUUUCGAAUUAACCUUCUAUCUCUAAUUUUGAUAUCAUUAAUAAAAAAAACAAACAUAUAUGUUUCAUUUCUAAGACUACGUGUCCUACUUAUGUUCUUUACCAAGUAGAAAUGAGUGGGCUUUCAACCAAGAAUUAACAAACACAACAAAAGCCCACUCUUUAUUUUUACCCCAACUUCCCUUUUGUUUUAAUAGUCUACUAACAAAAACACUUUACCCAACGAUAAAGUUUCUUCAAUAAACAAAAACUACCCAACUCUAUUCCCAAAGGACAGUCUAUUAACUUACACACAAAUGAGAUAAGAGGACUGGGUCAGCCCGAUUAUCAUUGGGCAAACAGAGGAGGAGGGGGCUCUGUAUAAGCGCUGGACCGAAAGGAGGGCUGUACCCGGGCCCAGGUUGGCCCUCCCUAGAUCCGCCGAUGUGCAUUAAUCUAGGUAUCUGUUCGAAGGAUUGUGUCACGACAAAAAGCAAAACAUUACAACAGGUCCUAUGAAACUCAUACAUAUAUAUGAUUGUCUCAAGCCGAGAAAUCCAAACAGUAACUAGAUUGACGAAGAAUGUCAGUUGUUCAUCGACACAUAUAUGUGGAAUGAAACACUUUCACAACAAAGGAAAGAGUAUGUGGAAAUGAACCAAAGGCUUUAGUAGUGUUUCAGUAGACAAUUUGUUAACUUUUAAUGGACCACGGGCAGCAACAAACUAGAUAGUAUUCUUUGGUAAAAAUUUGCAACUUCAAGAUUAGGUGAAAGUGGAGGAGUUAGGUAAAAAGCACUUCACUGUUGGGCGGCAGGUAAUGAUAAUUUUUCUAGUAUUCAGACUGGAAUUUCAGUUGUCAAUAAUGAUGUUGUAAAUUCUGUUAGUAUCUGGACUUAAUUAUAGUGCAUCUUGUUGUCUAAGGAAUGUAGCGAAAUUGAUAUAAUUAUGAACGAAAGGGACGGAAAUUAAGGAGUGUGAAUCAUGAUGAGGCCGCAUUAUCUACUUGAUAAUGCUAAUUCAGCACAGAAAGCCUGAUUAAGAAUAAAGUGGAUCUCAACUAACCCCAUUCAAUCAAAAACAUAAUAAAAGUAAUUAAUUAUAAUGAUAUUAUGAGCGUUAAGCAUCGACAUAACCUCUUUCAUGACACAUUAUUGGAUAUUUGUUAUAGGUUUGAGAUUUCUGUAGGUAGGGAGGUUGAUAUCGGUUUGGUUGAUGGGCAUGUCAGACCCCUUCAUCCUGCGGAUUUGCUGCUUUAUUCAUGGAAUCGGGGCGAGAUGUGGUUGUCGAUAUGACUGGGUCGUCACCUUUGACUCAGACAGGAAUGACUGGUUUUGUGCAAGACCGUGUUGUUGAUGAUGCUGCUCAAGGAAAGUGUGCCAAGUAUCGGGAGUUGUUCAUGACGGCUAGUUACAGUUUACUACCAUUUCCCCCCCUUCCUUGGAAGAGUUGGACACGAAAGCUGUGGCUCUGUUCAAACAGAUCCAUAAAUUCUCAGUGUCUCAUGAUGUAGGAGUUCGGGCGGCCGCAUAUAUUUUUACUAAACUUAGUUUUGCUGUAGCUAAAAAAGCGGGGCUAAGAUUGUAUCUUGGUUGCUGACUAAUCAUUUUGUAGAUCUUUGUUUUAUCUUAUAAUGAUAAUGAUAAUUCUAAUGAUACUAAUAAAAGCUCUAAUAUGAGAUAGUUUUUAGGUUUGCUUUUGAACUUUUUUUUUAAUCUUUAUCGAGUUAUGACUGAUUCGAGUGUCAGAGUCGAGGAGAUAAUCCAAUUUCGUUGGUCUUAUUUUGAAAUAUCUCUACACAAUCUUAUCUUAUCUUACUAUAUAUUAUGGUUGUUCAAAAGUUACUUCUUGCCACAUAAGUAUUUGAAGAUUUCACAAGUUGCCAAGGUGGACAAUUUUUUUGGAAACAAAAAAUUUAGUUAAUGACA